AUGGGUAUGGUACAGUUUACGAUAAUGAAUGGAUCACAGGAAGGGAUUGACACGCAUAUUGGCAUCAUUGACGUCACAAAUGAGAUGGAGUUAAGUCUGAGGCAAGGAGCUCAGGAUGUGUACUUUCUCCUCGGAUAUGAACUAUACCCAGCUGACUUCAACGGCCAAAAACUGAAGUUUUCCAACAAGCUCGAGAUUCCUGAACUAGAUGGAGAGAUCCUGAGAGAGAACGGGCAAUCAAAGGACGCACAUCGUGCAAUUUUUGAGGCCAACGCCCGCCUGUUCGAGGACGAAGCAAACUUCCGCCUUUACAAGCACGUUAGGGAGCAUGGGCCGGCUAGCAUGUACUGGAGAGCGUUCCGCGAGUACUUCACCGGAGAAAUAGUCAACAUGGUUGAGUCGCACUGGCGUCCCGAUCCUCGCUGUGCUCAAGUCCGCAUCGACGCCCACAACCUGGCUUACCAGGCCCUCAACGAGAUCCCCUUCAUGUCCACUGCAGAGAGAAACUUGAUUAUCAGAGCUACUGGGAGCUUCCCCGAGGACGCCAUGUCCUUUUUUACCAGCAUGACGAGAAACCGCCUUACUUACUUCAUGAUAAAGGAGAUGUCUGAUUUGUUUUCCACUCGAGCCAAAGCCCUGGCUGAGCGUGAGGCAGACCUCAAGGCCGACAGAGACAUGACUAGCGGAGUCUAUACCGGCUACUAG